AUAGGUAAUUACCGUAAUUUAUCGAUGAAAUUAAGUGAAUAAAGUUGAAAAUGUAGUUUGAAAGACUUCAAAAGGAGGAGAGUCCGCUAAAAAAAAAGGAAGUCUUGAAAAGGAGAGCUAAUGAUAAAUUUAUUAUUUUGGGAGAAAUUAAUGUGGAAAAGUAAAGAACAGGCAUUCGAAUUCCAAGCUGGCACCGCGUUGUCACCACUAUCUCUCUCAUCUCGCCUUCUCCCUGUCCCAGACAUGAGACAUCUUUCAGCUAUUCUCGCAUUUCUGUCGUCUUCAACCCCUUUCGCCCGCUAAAAAGAGUGUAAUUUCCGUAUAAACCUCCAAACAAAUCAAUCCAAGCAAAGCUGAAGAAUUUCAGAGCUAAGUAAUCAGUUUCAGUUAUUGUAAGGAGCUCACCAGGUUUUGGGUUUCCCCGAUUCAUGGAUUUUGCUCCAUGCGAUCACAAUGCAUCGCCUACCCAAAAUCUUUGCUCAUAGCUCCGACCGCCGUAAAAGUGACUCCGACUCCGUCUCAGGCGAAAGCUCCAGCUCGAGCCGGCGAGCCGCCAAGUCGAAGCCGAGGCUCGAGCGGCGUAACGCCACGAGGAACAUCAACUACGAUUACUCGCCGUCUUUUGCCUCAGCGCCUUCGUCUUCGUCGUACUACACCGCGUCGGAGGAGUCUCUGCGCACGCGCUCGCUCGACUUGUACGGCGGGAGGCAGAGUUUUAGGGUUGAGGGCAUCGACGGCGAAAUCGAGAUUAUGUGCAAAAACCUAGGGUUUUCGGGGAUUGAUGAUUUCUCUAUAUCGCCCGAGGAGUAUGAGGUGAUGAAAGUGAGAUCUUCUUCUGCUCCCGUUGGGUUCAGUCAGGCAAUCGAGAAGGUUAGUGAUGGAGAUGUUGAAGUUUCUGGUGAUGUCGAGGUUGUUGGCUUGUUAAAUCGGGGAAUUGGGGGUAGUGGAAACUUAGUUAGAUGUUCAGAUCAUAGCGGUACAGUAAUUAGUAAGAAUUCCGAGGGAAUUCGUGAUUGUAGGAAUAGGGCUAAUGUUUUUGGUAGUACAAUGGUGGAUAGUGUGAGGGUAAGUGAUGGCAUUUCAAAUGAUAAUUUGAGUGGUGGAUCGAAUGAAUUUCGUGGAAGUGGCAUUAAGGGCGUGAGGCCGUCAUUUCUAGGCCUUUUGGCGCCACCGCCUUUUAUGUCAUUACCCGUGAUUGAUCAAGAGUGCUCGACUUGGGAUAUCUUCCGAAAAUUUGGCCCAGACAAUGGAACACUGCAGGCAUUGGAUGAGGAUGGUGGUCGGGUUAGGAUUGGGGAUGAGGACCAGGAGGAUGAAAGAAGAAGGGGAAUGGCAAGGGAAGAGAGUCAUGUUCUCUCAGCAUCAUGUUCAUUCACCGCAAGCUCAAAUGAUGAUGAUUCUUCAAGUACUACAACGGACCCUGUAUCAAGUAUUUCACCAAAUGGAAGAUUUAGACGUGUUAUUUCAACUUGGCAGAAGGGCGAUCUCUUGGGUUGCGGAUCAUUUGGAUCUGUGUAUGAGGGAAUUGCUGAUGAUGGAUUCUUUUUUGCUAUUAAGGAAGUAUCUUUGCUUGAUCAAGGGGGAGAAGGAAGGCAGCGUAUCGCCCAACUUGAACAGGAAAUUGCACUUCUGAGGAAGUUUGAGCAUGAAAAUAUUGUCCAGUAUUAUGGCACAGAGAAGGACGAUUCACAUCUCUAUAUAUUCCUUGAGCUUGUUACCAAAGGCUCCCUCUUGAGCCUUUACCAGAAAUAUACCCUCCGAGACUCCGUAGUCUCUGCUUAUACAAGGCAGAUUCUUCAUGGUUUAAAAUAUCUGCAUGACCAAGGUGUAGUGCACAGAGACAUCAAGUGUGCAAAUAUACUGGUGGACACUAAUGGAUUGGUGAAACUUGCGGAUUUUGGUCUUGCAAAGGCAACUAAGUUGAAUGAUGUCAAAUCUUGCAAGGGGACUGUAUUCUGGAUGGCUCCUGAGGUUGUUAGAAGCCAGGGCUAUGGGCUUCCGGCAGAUAUAUGGAGCCUUGGGUGUACUGUAUUGGAGAUGCUAACACGACGUUUUCCAUAUGGGGAUUUUGAAUGCAUGCAGGCGAUGUAUAGGAUAGGAAAGGGCAAGAGACCACAUAUUCCUGAUUCUCUUUCCAGCGAUGCACAAGAUUUCUUACUUAAAUGUCUACAAGCUGACCCAAGUGUGCGGUCAACAGCUGCAGAGCUCUUGAAUCAUCCCUUUGUGAAGCGUCCGCUGCCAGUUUCUUUGGGCUUUGCAUCUUCUCAUCCUCUUAACAGGCUGAUUUGAGCUUUGUUUCAUAGUUCAGCACAACAUGCAUAUCUUUGCUCCGCAUCCCCAAUCAAAAUGCCAAAGGACAGGGAAAAAUAGCUUCCACUGGGACACAAAAUGUGUGUUGCAUUGUAUUAUCUGAUUUAUUCUGGGUGGGGGGUUCUCGUAUUUCUCAGAGUUCUUGCCCGUUGCAGCUGGUCUUAUAUUUUCCUGGUGAUUAAAAACUGCGGGAUUGCAUCUUGUAGUUCUCUGCGUGGGGGAUCUGCAAUUCAAUUAUUGAGAUUUCUCAAAUAUUUUUCUCCCAAGAACCCAAGAAGGUACUUCUCUGCGUCGUCGACUUGUCGUGCUCUGCUUGGGUUUUCCUUCCCAAGUAGGUUUGGUGUGCAUAGCAGGAGAGUAACACUAUUAAUUUUCUCUCUUUGAUAGUGUUAUUGAGGUUUUUCAUUUUAUUAGAGCUGGGGUUGUGUAGCCCAAAUCCAAUAGGCUAGCUAGCUGUAUAUGGUGUUCCACAUAUUAAUUGUAAAAAAUGGUAUAAUAAAUUUUAUUGGUUCUGAUGAUUUUAGUAGCAGCAAUUUGUAAUCA